AGAUCAUCAACUACCUCCAUAACGCAUGCAUCGCCUACACGGCAGCGCGUAAGGUCAUUUAUCAAUUUGUCAUCCAUCCAUCAAGCAAACAGUAUACAGAAGCCAUGAGAAAGCAACCAGAAUGCAAGCGUAUUCACGAAAACGGACGCCGAGACGCUCUGUUUGUUCGCGAGGCGUAAAAAUACAAGUUCAAGCUGCGCGUACUUCCGUCUUUGGACAGAACAAACAUUGGGGCUACCCUGGAGCGUGUGUACGAGCGCUAGUAACUCUUCGGCGCACAAACUGAUCUACAAAUGAUCACGCAACCGUAUUCGCAUUGAGGCUAGCCAAGGCGGUCUCGCUGAAGGGCGGCGAGCACGAAUUCAAGGGAUUCGCAUUACUCUUCCUUCAUCCACCGAAGCCGCUCUUGUGAAGUGAAUUAACGGUUAUCGCCGAGACGGGGUCCCUAUUUCUCUCACCAUGCUAAAUCCAAGGGUACUAGAUGUUGCUAAAGAGAUCGACAUUCUAAACGGAUAUUUUGCGGCAUCCAUCAGCUGGGUAAAUAGUUUCACAAGGCGCCACCGGUUCUCCUUUUUGCGCGAAAACGCACCAAGGUCAAGAAGAUCUGCUGCUGCAAUUGCAAGGGUGAAGGCUUUUGCAAAGGAAGUUGCGAGAGUUAUAGCAGCGGAGGGCAUCACGGACAUCUUCAACGCCGACCAAACAGUGGUGUUCUUUGAGUCGCUGCCUAGGACGACGCUCACGCCAACGGGCUCCAAAACCGUGCGGUUGAAAUGUGGGAAGAAGGAAAAGGAGCGGAUGACUGCGGUGGUCAUGGGGGACGUGCACGGGAAUAAGUACUCGCUAUUUCUUGUGAUGAAGGCACUCCAUCCAGAGUAGCUGAGAUGGCUGCGGAGAACAAGCGUCUACGGCACGGGUUUGACCGUCGUGUUUGUAGUGAGAUUAGAGAGGUUCAAGAGCGAUAUGGUGUGCAGAUAUUCGGUAAUAAGACGGCGUGGUGGCCUGGC